AUGUACUACGAUACUAGUCCAUUCGCCCGGUAUGCUCAUCCCCUCCUCCCCAUGGAGGUGGAUAUCUCCCCCCAAGGCGGAGCCCGCCCGGCGACUCCGCGCCUGGGUGAAAACUCUGACCCCCCCUCAGGACCUACCACCCCGACUCCCCUACCCCGGAACUCCCUGAAGAGAAGGGCCUUAUUCUCGCCGCAGAAGACUCCCAAUGCAGCUCCUGCCACUAUACCUCAUAUGCCGCAAGCCCCAUCAAUCUGUGAUCAGGUCAGCAUGGUAGCAGAUGACCAGCUAAUCCUCCUCAAUGACUGGAAACUAGCAAUGACCUCUCUGGCUAAAGCUCUAGACCUAACUGUCUCCUCCCUACAAGGUCGUCCAAGAGACCUGGCACAGGGACUUGCAGCCAGAUUCAUCACCCUCGCAAAGCAAGACUCCCCGCAGCGGAUUCCUCAGAUGCCUGCGGUUGCACCCCCACAACCACCCAGGCAGAUGGAACAGCCAAAUCAACCUCCUACUCCUGAAGUGUCCAAAGAACCCCCAGGCAGGCGAACCUUGCAGCAUACAACCUGA